CCUCCCGCGGCUCCUAUAAUCGGAGAACUUGUCCUUGCGCGCCUCUGAUUUCCAGCAGUCCAAGUCGCGCGCGUCGGCUGCGGAUCCAACCAUCCCUAACGGAACCUCCGAAAAACAGAUUCCUCUUUUCCUCUUUUCCUCUUUUCCUUUCGUCUCGUCUCGUCUCGCCUCGCUUGCUUCGAUUCAUCCGAGCACUUCCGCCAAUUGGAUCCUCUUUUUGUCUCGAUGACAAUAAUAAGAUAAUAAGAUAAUCUACAUGCUCAAGGUUCCUUACGGAGAUGGUAAAGGUGUAUCGGUAAAAGUACAGUCCGCUCGAGUCUCUUGGUCUCGUACUUGGGUCGAGACUCUACAGUCUAUUUAGAUUCUAGAUAAACGCUAAUUACCACUUUGCAUUCGCUCGAUUACGGCGCAGUUCCUUCCUAUGGAUUGGAUUUCGUGUCUGGGUCCAGGUCGAGCCUUAGGAACGCGUAAGGCCUGGGGCCUAUAGUAGUCUAUAGUUAUGUCCAAAUAUUAUCAAGAAAAAAAGAGACUAUCCCAUUGAGUUCUCCGUCGAAGCGGCCUCGACAACAAAUUCCUUUCCACGCGUAUCAAGUGUCAAGUGUCAAGUGUCAAGUGUCAAGAAAAGAAGAGAGGCCAACGAGGAUCACUGCGAACCAUCCAACAGCCUCGGAUACCAGCAAUACCGAAUACAUAUUUCUGCCAAUCGGGAGUAAGCGAUCCGAUGAUCGAGAGAAAUCUGCUAAAGUUUCCCGAUUUAGGAAAGAGUCACGAACGCGAAUUCGAGCGUCAAACAGUUGAAUCAGCCGAGUCGAGGCAGUCUCUCGAGAGUUUCCUUGACUGCGCGACGCGACGGGUGACGCUGCCUUAGUCGGAGGCGCCCGGAGGAAAAAGAUCUUCUUCGAACAGGCCUCGUUACACUCUGAGACGGGCGACAGCACAGUCGAGAAACCUUGAAGGUCAACGCUCAAGAGACUCCUGAUCGCUGGGGGACACAACACCUAGCACAAUCUUGCAAUCUCAAUUGAGUCUUUUCUAAUUGGCUCUGCGAACAACCAAUUACCCGUAAGAAUGGACCAGUCUUGUUUCACCUGGCAAUCCACUGGUCGCUCAGUCGCGGCUUCUGGCUCUGCGCCUUUCUGGUGUCGAGCAGCAGUAGAAAAGUCCGGGACAAGCGAAGCGUCAACUACGAGGCGGCAAAGACUGCGAGAGGAAAUAAAACUGUUUGCGGCGUCUCGCUUGGACCUCGAAGAUCGGGAAGAGAUCUGCCGCGAGAUCUGCGCCUCGCAAUGCCCUGUGGGCUCCGUCGUUGGAAGCUGCGAAGUCUCGAUCCCCACUCGCGAGUAGCUCCUACCUUCAUCAAAGUCUUGUCCAGCCUCCGAGCCUCAAUCUGAUUGUCAGAGUCUGAAACUGAGAGCCAGACUGUCUGGAGGUUCCUCAGUUCCUGAACCGUGGAGACUCGUAAUAGUCGCCCGUGAGCCACUGGACGGAGAAGACUCCUCUACGUUUACGCGCGGUAAGUCCACUCGACCUUUUCCUCUUUCCGCAGAUUCUGCACGUUGCUCGCACUUGCGCGCGCGCGCGCGCGCACACGCGUCUCUCGGAGCCACGUCCUCCCGCAAGGCCUUUCGGCAUCUCGUUCCGACGACCCGACGACCCGACGACCCGACGAUCGUGACGGAGGCCAACUUGAAACUUCUCUCGUCGCUUCCCUUUGCUCCUUCGAAUAGGAAAUUCCUGCCUGGAAGUUGCCCAAUGUAAAAGCCUGUCGGAGUCUCGCGGGCGAAAAAGAGGAAAUUAAUUGACAAGAUUCUCCUCGAUAGUUCUCCCCCAUUGGAAUCGAAAAGUUUAGAACUAACAAAGUAAGGUUGCAGCUUGCCAUCUCGGGUGGCAUCGUUAGACGGCAAUGAGAGCAAAGAGCAGAGUAGGGAAAAGAGGAAUCUGCAUGCCGAAGGCAGGAAGCCAACGGAGACGGAGGUAGGCGAAGUGACAGAGACAACGGACAAUGGCGUACUUGGAUUAAUUCCGAGUAAUCGCGUGCAACUUGACACAGUCGAUCGGCGGCUGCGAAGAGACGGCAGGUGGACGCGGCCUUGCGGACUUGCAGCUCCGGAACAGCGCAAACACGCUGUGUCGCACGCGUUCGGCAAUCGGCAAUCGGCAGUCGGGAAUCGGGAAUCGGGAAUCGGGAAUCGGGAAUCGGCAGUCGACGGUCCGACUACGGAUUAUGACUACUUUCUCUAUUAUCAUUGAAAAAGGUCACGGUGCUGACACGGCAGAGAGAGGCAGCCCAGCCCGGCAGUGCUUAAACCUCCAAUGCUCUACGACAAACGGUCGCUACUCGAUUUCGAACUGAUUUGGAAACUCGUUUAAAAAAGUGUCUCUUCAAGGCCUCGACAGCGCACGCUACGGAAAUGGUCGUCGUUCGCCUGAGAGCUGACUCGGCUGGCUUUGAGUGGUCACAACUUUUCAGGAAUUUCGACAAGAAUGCGUGAUACGACAGAGACAGUCUGCCGCAGAUCUGAUUCGCUUGACUCGGUCAUUCGACAGGACGAGCGAUUGUCAAAAAAAAAGUUGCCGAACGCCGUUGCCAUCCAGUUCGAUUAUUUUCGGUGUUUUUUAUGAAGCGAUCGUGUUGCCGUUUGACGAUCAGUCCCACUUAUGGUACAAGUGGACGAUGACCCUCGAAAUAAUGAAUUUACUGUUAGACGCGAGGCUGCCGGUGCCGCGGAAAGAAUCGCUAUGAGCCAGCUGGCGUCUUUACUAAGAUCUAAGAUCUUGCUGUUCCGGAGAAAUGGAAUUGCUGAGAUUAUCAAGACUCUCCUCUACGCGAUUCCGCGCCGAGAUCAUCCUCGUAGAGAGCCUUACAAUUAGUCGGAUGCACUUUAGCGCCAUCUUCCUGUUUCAGUCGUUGCGAUUCCUCCCAUUGCAAUGGCAAUAGCAGCAUCUGCUCUCUCUCUCUCUCUCUUUCUGCAAUUCUUUCGAUUCCACCGAGAUUUCGACCUUUCAGCGUCUCCGUCACGGUCCAGAAACUCACGCGCGCCCGAGCUCAAAGCAAAUGUUCGUCUGUAGGUCAGCGAGAACAAAUUUUCCAGUGCAGAGAAACAUGUCAUCUUACGAAUUGUCAUUUAAGCCGGCUGUCUCUCGAGUGACUUCGGCACGUGCUCUAUAUAAAAGUUCGCGUGAAAAGCUCCAUUAGUAGCCAACAGCCCAAUUUCUAAUGUCCCGCCUGUCCGGUUUCCUGCUUUCCAAUCUCUGGCAAUUCUCGGCUCUCAAUGUAUUGCCGGUGCUAGAGAGCCGAGCUUCUAAUUCUCCUGGCUUGCUUCCCAGAUUCUCUCUCUCUCUCUCUCUCUCUCUCUCUCCCAUCAGGAUGAGUGGCUUGUGGUUACGGCUGGCGUCGCUGCUGGUCGUUUUCUCCUCGCUGCUUGCCAAUCCGAGCCGUCCAGCAGUUUCGGGGACUUUGCCGCCUUCGCCUACUUCGUCCUCUUCGUCUACGGGAAGGACCGGAAAUGGGGAUCACGAUAUCGGCAAGAGCGAGCGACCUAACAUCAUCAUCAUUCUCGCCGACGACAUGGGAUGGAACGACGUCAGCUUUCACGGAUCGAAUCAAAUUCCGACGCCCAAUAUAGACGCUCUCGCCUACAACGGCGUCAUCCUGAACAAUCACUACGUGCCUGCCCUUUGCACGCCCAGCAGAUCGGCCCUCAUGACUGGCAAGUAUCCCAUUCACACGGGGAUGCAGCAUUCCGUGAUCCUGGAACCGGAGCCCAGAGGACUCCCUCUUAGAGAGAGAUUGCUGCCCCAGUACUUGAGGGAGGCUGGAUACAGGACUCACGCCGUGGGCAAAUGGCACCUGGGCUAUUACCGGCGCGAAUACACUCCGACUUAUCGCGGGUUCGACUCGCACUUUGGCUACUGGAACGGACUCCAAGAUUAUUACAGCCACCAAGUCGAAGCCACGUACGAGGGCUAUCGGGGUUUCGACAUGAGACGCAACAUGAGCGUGGCCUGGGAAACUGCUGGCAAAUAUUCGACUGAUCUCUUCACCGAGGAAGCAGUGCGCCUGAUCGAGAAUCACAGAGUGAACGAGCCCAUGUUCAUGUACCUGGCCCACCUGGCGCCGCACACGGGAAAUCAGGAUAAUCCCUUCCAGGCACCGGAUGACGAAAUCGCCAAGUUCUCCCACAUACUCGAUCCCGAGAGGAGGAUAUACGCAGCGAUGGUGUCGAAACUCGAUCAGAGCGUUGGCGAAGUGGUGGCUGCUCUCAGGCGUCGCGGGAUGCUGGAGAACAGCAUCGUUCUCUUUAUGUCGGAUAACGGGGCACCAACAAUGGGAAUUCACAGCAAUCGUGGGAGCAAUUAUCCAAUGCGCGGUAUCAAGGACAGUCCUUGGGAAGGCGCCGUUCGAGGAGUCGCUGCCAUUUGGAGUCCACUGAUUAAGAAGCCAAGAAGAGUUUCCAAUCAGUUGAUGUACGUGGCUGACUGGCUGCCAACCUUCUACUCGGCGGCAGGACUCGACACCAAGGAUCUCGGGAAUAUCGACGGGGUGGACAUGUGGUCAGCUCUCGUAGCGGAGAAGACUAGUCCGCGUUCCGAAAUUGUCAUAAAUAUCGACGACAUUGAGAAUUACGCGGCCAUCAGACGCGGUGACUUCAAAUACGUGAUUGGCACGACGAAUAACGGGGAGGAGUGGUACGGGGAGACGGGAAGGCCCGGCCGUGAGGACGUCGAAGGUUCCUUACCAGAGUACGUGCCGGAUCUCGUUCUCCGAAGCAGAGCCGGGAUCGCGAUAUCGGGAGUGAUCACAGCCAGCCAGCUCGUGGAGCUCAGGAAAUUACGGGAAGGAAAGCUGGCAGCCUCCGAAGAGCUCGGUACCAGGAGGCUCACGACGAGGCUCCUUACACCUAUGGAUAUUUUGAGAUUAAGAUCAGCGGCUGAGCUCAAGUGUAACGUCAAGGAGGAGGAAAAGGUGAGCUGCAACCCUCUGGAUUCUCCCUGUCUCUUCAACGUCAAGGAGGAUCCUUGCGAAAUGAUAAAUCUUGCAAAGACGCGACCAGUUAUCCUGGCUACCCUGGAAGAGGCUCUCAUGAAGUACAGAGUGACAGCCAUUCCUGCGAAUAACGUGGACACCGACCCGAUGGCAAAUCCUGUCUACUGGAACGGAACUUGGGUCAACUGGAAAGACGCAAAUCCUAUGGAAUUCAUGAGAAGUAAUAGGCAGAGCUCAGGACGUAUCUCGGGACCGGCCAUAGCCGCGAUAGCGAUCCUCUUGGGCCUGGCCAUCGUAGUAGCCAUCCUCCUCUUCACUCUCAAGUUCCGAAGAUCCAGCCCUGAACCGGCUCGUCAUACCGAGCGCGGGACCUUCCACAAGGUGCAGCGCGACAGCCUGAAUUUGAGCGAGCCAGUCGCGGCCGAUUCGCAGAUGUCGGAAAUAUCGCUGAGUUUGCAGGGCUUCCGAGAACUUGCGUCGCUCAAGGAUCUCGCGAGGAACAUCGAUUGACGAGGGUGUCCGAGGUGCACGAGGUCCGGGCGACUCUUAACCAGCGUCAAAAUUCUCUACGUACACCGAAAGACGCUGGAGAAACGCUCGACUCCGUUCCCUCGGCAAUUCCACGGCAACUCUACGGCCGAGGGAACGGAGGAACUGACCAAGGUUAAAUUUAGACAGGAGUUGACGACGCCUCGUGUCACCUCCGAACCCUGGAGACCAUCUCGAUGAUAUACGCAAUCUACAUGUAUACCAUCGACGACUGGACACCUCUGCCAAAGGUAGAAACCGCCGAACGCCGUAAGACGUGCUUGUCCACCCACACAAGUCCAACGAUCUUCCGUUCGAACCGUCGUUCCACGGUGCACUUCAGUAUUUCCAUAGUUUGUAAAUACGAUCACGACGCGACAACGACACACUCUGUUCUAGAGCCAAGCUCUACUACCGGCGCUCUCGCCACUUUAUUAUUUCCAGCGUGAUUUUUAUUUCCAUUAAAAAGAAAUCCUCUCUUUGCAAUAAAUGCCUGUUACGACAUUUUAUUCCA